GGAAGGUGGUUCUGGUGAAUUCCAUGAAAAAGCCAUGGAAUGUGCGCGUCAGCGCAAGGCACGGAGACUGUUAACUCUUAUGGUUGAUUUGUCGCCUUGUUUUACGGUAUCUACUGUACUUUUAUACGGUAUUUACUGUCUGCUGUCUAUUGUGCUAGCCUCGAUGAUUCGCGUCACAGAUUUGUGCAUGCGUGCUGUUCCCAAGG